AUGUCGAACUCAAGUGUCUCUGAAUCUUCCCCUACUGUUGACAAAAAUACUUCGGAAUACCAGCGUCCAGAACAAACUGUCUACGAAGACACCGGGAACGUUCAGAAAAACCCGACGCUGGAUUUAUUCGAAAGCAGUGGCUGGAAUGAAGUCAGAGUUGAUGGCGAUGAUUACCAGCUAUUCGAGACCUAUUUGAAUUUUACAGAAAUACCGAGUAAUACCUCAAAUAAUACCGAUGCUGUCUCUGGAACUCCUCCACAAGAGGUCCCACAAUCGCAAGGGUUACAUUCACAAUCCUCAUCAUUUUUUCACCAUAACCAUCCAUCGUCGGCUGCCGAAUCUUACUCACCGGGGCAUAUUCAACCCUGGGACAAUUCUUCUCAAAAUCUAUCGCUUGAAGUAUCUGUCUAUUCACCGAAUCUACCCGAACAUAUCCCUCAGGCACCUCAAGAUGCGCUCCAGAAUGUUUACAGGCCUUAUGGAUUUAUGUCGCUUAAUCGUAGUGCUGACAGUGGAUCUAUGCAAGAAGUCACUGUCUUUAGCCGUGCAACACAAGAUGCAGCUGAUAAUGUACCUGAAAUACACGCUACUGGCACAAUAAAUCCUGCAUUGUUGGCGCUGCCUGCUAGAGGACGGCAUUUACCAGGGUCCCCACGUUAUGAAAUAGAUCCUGUUUUGAUCAGUCACCCCGCAUACGAAAGCGUUAAAAGGCGUUUCGUGGAAUCUGUGCCAAGAAGCGGAGAUCAGGAGCGCAACGACACCACCCAGCCAUAUGAGCAGUUUCACCCUACUCGUUUCCAGCAUCCAUCUGGAGAGACGGAAACACAGACAUAUAGUAUAUUCCAGCACAUGGAAUAUAGCGAAGCCAACGGCUCCGGGUAUAAUCCCGUUGAGCAGUCAACCUCCAGGAGGGAUGGCUCAAAGCGUGCUCGAAGCAGAAGCACUACCCCGAUAAGAGAAACAGGAGGCAGUACCUCCAACGAAACUGGCUCUUCGAGCGCGAGAACAAGGAAGCGUAGACGUACCGCCAGGGAUGGCAACAAUGCGCAGACUCCCGUAUCGGCCAAAUUUGAGGACGAAUCGACGAUAGCGGUACGGCCACAAAGGAGGGGGAGAGCCGCAGAUAAUGUGCCGCUUAGGCCUCGAACUGUAGUGCAGCGCUUGGACUUUGUUACAGGGAAGAUAAUGUCGCAAGGGAAACGAACUGAUCAAACUGAAGAGAAGAUUUCCUCCGUAAAAGUCUCAAGAUAG